GCUUAAUUCGUAGUCAGCGGUCAUCGUAUUCGUUUCGGUUUAACUCGCGGUCGGUCUAUGUAUUUCUCAAUUUAAGACAAACAAAGUGAAUUAAAAUCUGUGCUGUUUUAGGCUAUCCCAAAGGGGACCGGCAAGAUGACAAGGAAAAAAUAUUCUUUACCUCUGGUUGGAGUCUUAAUAUAUGUGUUUUUUUACGUAGCUGUAAAUGCUGAAAACGCCUGCAAUCUUGGAUGUCCAAAAUCGGACAAUGGAUUAUUGAAAUAUACACCUGGUAACUCCUAUGAUUAUUCUUUCGACAGUAUUUUAACUAUUGGAUUAAGUAGCAAUGUUCUCAGUGAAUCUGCUGAUACCAGUCUCAAAGUAUCCGGGUCCGCAAAAAUAUUUUCGAAAGGAAACUGUGGGUAUACAUUACAGCUAAGUUCUGUAAAGGUGUCUAAUACAAAAGAGUCUGUUGAGAAGAAAAUUUUAAGCAGCAUUCAAAAACCAGUACAGUUUACACUUGUUAAUGGAUUACUGGAGCCUCAAAUUUGCUCAGACUCUGGUGAUCUGGAGUACUCUUUAAAUAUUAAGCGUGCCGUUAUAUCUUUAUUGCAAUCUGGGUUAAAUACAGAACAUGAAAUUGACGUAUUCGGCCAAUGCCCAACACAUACAUCAACAUCUAAUGUUGGUAAUGCGAACAUAAUUACAAAAGUUCGCAACUUAAAUAGUUGUGUGCAUAGAGAGCAAAUUAUUAAUGGGCUGGUGUCCGGGAAAGUAAACGAAAAAGCUGGUAUUACAUCCAGUCUUCUGUUGCAAGCGACCUACAUAAAGGAGUCAAAGAUUGUAAACGGUCUCAUUGAUAAUGUUCACUUGACAGAAACAUACAAAUUUAUUGGGACCACAAAAGAAAGUUCUGAUAUAAAUGGAAAGGUAGUAACCACAUUAAAACUUAAAAAUCCUUCCGGUACAAAAUCGAACUCACCGUUGACAGGAUCUAUUGUUAAGAGCGUUAUAUUCCAAAGACCAGAAACCUAUACCGCGAAAAAUAUUAAUGCGCUAAAAACUGUAUUAUCUGAUCUUGUUGACUCAACUGGCGACUAUGUGAAAAAAGAAAGCGCCAAAAAGUUCGUUGAGUUUAUUAGGUUGCUCCGUCAAUCCGAUAGUGAGACUUUAUUGGAACUGGCUGCUUUUCCACAUCCCAACAAGGUCUUAGCACGUAAGGUAUACUUGGAUGGUUUGUUUCGCACCGGUACUGCAGAGUCAGCUAGAGUGAUACUAAAACAACUUGCUAAGUUUAAUGAAAAGGAGAAAUUACUCGCAAUACUGGCAUUAAACUUAGUCAAAAGUGUGGACAAAGAAACUCUUAAUCAAGCCGCUGCUCAGCUGUUACCAAAUGUACCUAAGGAAUUAUAUCUAUCCGUGGGUAGCUUAGUGGCUAAAUUCUGUACAGGAAGGAAUUGCCAAGGACCAGAAAUCGAGGCCAUAUCGAAAAAAUUUUCGGAUGGCUUAAAACACUGUAAGCCAAACACCAAAAAGGAGGAAGAACGCAUUAUCUACAUUUUAAAGGGAAUAGGAAAUGCAAAGAGCUUAGCUGGCAAUACAGCAGCAGCUCUUAGUGAGUGCUCCUCCACAGGCCGAUCUAAUCGCAUACGAGUUGCAGCUUUGCAGGCUUUUUUAACUGUUGGAUGCGAUAAAACGCUGCAAACUAAAUCCUUAGAAUUGCUUAAGGACCGCAAUGAGGACUCAGAAUUGCGUAUUGAAGCCUAUUUGUCAUUGAUUUCAUGUCCGGACGCAGAUGUUGCUAACCAAAUCUCCGAAAUAGUCAAUUCUGAAACUGUUAACCAGGUUGGUGGCUUCAUUUCAUCUAAUUUAAAAGCCAUUCGGGACUCUACAGACGCCAGCCGUGAGCAGCAAAGGUACCAUUUAUCUAACAUUCGAGUGACUAAAAAGUUUCCCGCGGAUUACAGACGUUACAGUUUCAACAAUGAAGUUUCCUAUAAUCUUGAAUCCCUUGGCGUUGGAGCCAGUUCUGAUUACCAAUUAAUAUAUUCGCAACACGGGUUCUUGCCAAGAUCAUCUCGUGUUAAUAUAACAACUGAAAUUUUUGGCACUAGUUUUAACGUUUUGGAAGCAAGCGUACGUCAAGAAAAUUUUGAAGGUGUGUUAGAAUACUAUCUAGGACCAAAAGGGUUGCUAAACAAAGAUUUUGAUGAAAUCGUUAAAACGAUUGAAGUUGGAAAUAACGCAACUGCUGGAGUCGGUGGUCGAGCUCGACGAUCGAUUGCUGAUGACGUUGCUAAGACAUCCAAAAGAUAUAAGACAUACGGUAGCAAAAAUGUGCAAGAUCUUAAUUUAGAUAUAUCUUUGAAACUUUUUGGUUCGGAAUUGGCAUUUUUAAGUCUUGGAGACAGCAUACCAAGUAAUCUUGAAGACAUCAUAAAUGAAUUUUCUAAUUCUAUUGAAAAAGCAAAACAGGGAUUAAAUUCCUUUGAAAAACAAAUAUCCUCUCACAAUUUAGUACUUGAUACCGACCUUGCUUAUCCAACUAGCAUUGGAAUACCUUUGGAACUCGUUGCUCAAAGCUUUGCAGCUACUAAAACGGAUCUAGCCGUUAAUCUUGAUAUUAAUUCAAUUCUAGAACAAAACUGGCAGAAAACAAAGUAUAGAUUAAAGGUUGUCCCAAGUAUUGAUCUUAGUGUCAACCUUCAGGUGGGUUUCAAUGCGCAAGUACUAUCUACUGGCUUUCGCGUGGUGUCAACAGCACAUUCAGCGACUGGAAAUGAUAUAACCGUAGCCGCCAUUAGUGAUGGGGAAGGUUUUACUGUCGAUGUCGAACUGCCACGGGAAAAACUUGAGCUUAUUGAUAUAAAAAUUGACACAGAACUAUAUGUAUCCGAGCAAGACAAACAGAUAUCAGCUUCUUUUAAAGGUAACAAAAAAGUAAAGAAUUCUCAGCCUAGUGAGAUAUGCUUUAACCAAUUGGAAGUCGUUGGCUUAAACAUUUGCAUUGAAAGUUCAACGAGCUUGAGUGAACUGCAAGCUGGCAACAGUAAUGAUGCAGAAAGAGGCCUUGCUGUUUCGAACCAAUUUCAUCUUUCCAAGCCUUUUAGUUUUGCCAUUUCCUUAACGGCUGAACGAAAAUUGACAUUUAAAGGUAUUCACUCAAUUGAGCCCUCCAGCCAAAAAUGGAAACUAUAUUAUUCUACUCCUGGAUCUAAAGUUUCGCAUGACACUAGUGUUGUUUUCGAAGUUGGAAAUAAACCUAGAAUAUUUGGUAAAUUAUCUUUCGACAAUUCUCAAUACCAUCUUGGUGUCGAAGCUGGAUUAAAGAACGAUAAUACCGAAUUGGUAAUUUAUGGUCAAUUCGAACAGGAUAAGGAAGUAAAAACAAGUAAAAUUGGCCUAAAAAAACAGGGAAAUGAAUACAAGCCUUUGAUUGAAAUUCAAGACAAUAAUGGCAUCUCAAACAGCAUAAAUGGGUAUCGAGCAGAGGGAAAAAUCGUUGUUAAAGAAAUCAAUGACAAGCAGACAAGAUAUAAUUUUGAAAACUUCCAAGUGUCUAAUGCAAAUAACGUACGUAUAAUUGUAAAUGGAUGGACAGAUAUUGGGCAACAAUUUUUAAACUCGGAGCUCCAAAUUGCUUCAGAUCAGCAGUCCUUUUUAGUAAAGGGAAAUAUUGAAUUGGAAAGUGGUCAGUAUGCGGCAGGCUUCUUUAUAAAUAAUGAACGGACACCCGAAAAUAUUUAUGGAAGCUCUGUACACUUGACCAUAGCUGAUCAUUCCUAUGCUCUUAAAAUAAAUGGAAAAGCUUAUACUUGGAGCAUAGAAAACGAUGCAUCCUUUGAUUUCGAAGGGGACAAUGAUUCUAGUUCUAUUCGUGCUGGUUCAUUUGGGGAAAAUUUGCAAGUUUAUAAUAAAAAUAAGAGAGUUGGUGCAUUAAAAAUUAAGUCAAGUUUUAAUGUAAAUAAGUUGGACUUCGAUGUUGAAAUUUCACGUGAUCAAAAAAUUGGUUCACUUAAUCUUAAAUAUAAAGGUAAUCAGCGACAUACACAAGACUAUUCCUUAGAGGCAAGUGCAAAGCUCAACAAGCACUCGAUCGAUGUUUUAUCUAAGAGCGAUUUUAACGGGAACGCUUAUUUAGUCGACAACGCUAUUUCAACUAGUUGGGGAACUUUACUAUCGGCGAAAGGUGAAAUAGGCCAACGUUACACCACCCAAGAUAUAAAAAUUGACCUUCAGGGUAAUGUUCAAAUUAAUUCAAAGGAUAAAUCUACUCAAUGGCUACUUAAAGUAAUCGGUAGCCCUGAUAAAACUAUUAGCGAGCUCAGGAUUAGCCAAGAUACAACAGAGCUUGUCAAAUUAACAAGUGAGUCCCAACAUCCACAGGAUAAAAUAUCCGCGGCUAAGCUUAAUCUUAUUGUUAAGAAUCAAUUAACUGCUAAAGGAGAGUUCCGCGUAGCCAAAAAUGGAAAGGGAGACUUGAUAGCAACUAUUGAGACUUUGAAGACAAAUCCAAAGCACAAACUUGAUGUAGAAUCCAAAUUUCAAAUAUUGGCUCCUAAGUACGAUAUUGAUACGACCCUAGCACUUGAUGGAGAAAAGAAAUUGCAUUUUAGGUCUGAAAACACCAUAGAUAAGUUAAAGUUUUCUACUAAAAAUAUUGGCGAAUCCAACGAAAAAAAAAUAAUGUUCGAGGCUAAUGGGAGUGUUAAAGGCGAUCUGCGAGCAAAUGGCGAAUUACUUGGUACCUUUACAUUGACCACUCCCGAUGGGCGAGUUAUAGAUGGAAGUGCUAAUCGUAAGUUCUCAACAAAUGCUAAAACUGGAAUAGCUCAAGGUACCCUGGAUGCUCAGCUCAGUGACACGCUAUCUGACAGUAAGAAAAAACGUUCAAUUACACUAAAGGGAAAACUUGAUCGACUUAAUCAAAAAACUAAAGACUUUUCUGCGAAUAGUAAUUUGGUAUACACGGCAUUCAAUGGAGAAAAGUCUGAGCUGAGUUUUCAAACUAAGCAGGAACCUAACGGUGAAGCCAAAAACUUAAACAUUAACCUUAAGGUCAAUGGAAAUCCACUACCCCAACCCAUUGAGGUUGCCGUUGUCGUAGGCGAAUAUACCCAACAAAAAGCUGUAGCUAGUAUCACAGGUAGGUAUGGAGACCUUUUCUCAGUUAUUGCUAAUGGAAAUUACAAUAAUAAACAAGGCAAUUUACCGGCAGAAUAUGGAUUUAAAGCUAACUUUGAAAUUCCAAAAUCAAAUUUUAAGUUUGUUGAAAUUACAAGUCGCGUAAAACUGUCAAGCCCAUCAACAAGCAACAACGCUGAAAUUUUUAUAGAAUCAAAAACUGGCCAGGAUCAUUAUGUUCGUGUCGACACUGAGUGGAAUGGGUCUCCUAAUGAUGGAAGUUAUAAGUUUGAGGCUCAAACUCAUAAAAUGGAAUUUCCAUUCAAAUUCAAUGGUAACUAUCAGCGACAGCAAAAUGGUGACCUUAAUGCUAAGCAAAACUAUAUAUUCAACGCUCAGUACGGAAAGCAAUACGUGAAGACAGAUGCAUCUAUUUCCUAUGAAGCCGAGAAUGUAAAUAUAGUAUAUGCCUUAGAUUCCAGCUACGAAUCUGCAAAGGACAUUAAAGUCAAUAUUCAUACGAUUCAAUCUGAUGAUGAUUUGACGCUUGUAGUCAGUGUACAUGCCAAUCAGGAUAAGUCAUAUGGACUGAAUACGAAAUUAUAUCGCUCUGCCUAUAAAAAAGGUGUUGAUCUUCGCUUGAAUUUAUUAAAGGAAACCCCUAUUAUUAUCAAUAGCAUUGCUGAAAUAUUAGGAGAGCGAAAGGGAAAGGUGACUUUUGAAAUACAAAAUUUGGCCAAUUUGGACAUUAAAUUUAAUAGUGAAGCUUCUUUUGUCAGUAUUGACGACUCGUAUAUAGUCGCCCAUUGGAACUCAAACAAAUUAAAACUUGAUAGUUACGAACUUGACGCAAGAACUCAAGGUAAGAACAUCAAGAUUCAACUUAAUAAUGUGAAUGGCGUAGUAUUUUUAGGAACGGCUACAUAUUCUCUUAAAAAAGAACAAAAUAAAGAGAUUAUUGAUGGGCAAGGCCAAAUACAGUUUCACGGAAAAUUGCAUAAUGGUAGUUUUAAGUUGACCCGGCAACACUUUGAUAUAAAUACAGAUAAGGAGGUUGGUUUCUCGUAUACACUUAAUGGUAAUUUUGGAAGCAAAAAUGGCCUAUCAACAAUUAAAAUUACAAAUCAGGAGUUUAACACAAAGUUUUCCAUUUGCGAAGAAAAGAGACAGUGCACAAACAUUCAAGUGCAAUCACUCGUAACCAUAGAUGAUCAAAAGCUGGAUGCAGUGAAACUUUCCACUCUUAUUCUUAUUGAUUUGCGUGAGCUUGGAUAUCCAUAUGAGUUAGAGUUAAAAUCACAGAGUACACGUCAUGGAUUUAAGUACCAAUACAAUUUAGAUAGUUUUAUUAAUACUGGGAAUAACUUUAAGUACCAACUCAAUGCCAUCGUUCAGCCAACGUUGUCCACUGUUAAACUAACUCUUCCAAAACGUCAAAUUUUGUUUGAAGCUGUGCAAAAAAUACCAACAGACGGCAAUAUUUUUGGCCACUAUGAGCAAUCUGCUUCCUUCUUUAUUGAUAAGCUGCAAAAACCUGAAGACGUUUUUCGUGUUUCUGCUGUUGUACACGUAUCGGGAAUCGACCGCACUGCUCUGAACGCUGAUGGUGAACUUAAACUGGAACAUCCAACGAUUCGUCCAUUUACUAUUUCUGGACGAUUUAAUGGAAACGUUGAUCAACAAAUCGCAAAUGCUGAAAUAAUAUUUGACAUUUUUAAACUGCCAGAACAAAAGGUGGUAGGAAAAAGCGAAUUGCGUAAUUCACGUUCUAAGAAUGGUGUCAAUAUUGCGUCUACUACAACUGUUAAAUCUGAUGGAUUUCAGUUUCAGUAUCAAAUAAACAGCAACGCGGCAAUAGAUAUCGAAAACCAAGAGUUCAAUAUUGGACUGGAAGUUAAUAACGGCGAUAUAGAUAUUAAGGCGGUGACGAUUUUAAAUAGGGAAAAAUUAGAAAUGUCUUUAGGUGAAUCAAAUAAACCUAUUAUUCAAAUAGUCGGAGAUUUUAAUAGACAAAAAAGGUAUGCGAAAUUCAACACAACAUUCCAAAUUGUUGAUAAAAGUCCAUUAGAAAUUACAAGUGAGAUUCAACCCACUUAUGCUAAGAUUUCAUUAAAGAGUCAAGGUUUCUUUGAUGGUAAUGCAGAAAUCAAAUUGGGCAAGGAAUUUAAGUUCGAUGCUUCUGGCAGCGGCAAACAAUUCGUUAACGGCCGUGUAGCUUUAGAUCCAACCAACUUUUUGCAAACUAAAUAUACGUGUAAUGAUGAAGACCUUAAUUCCUUCUUGCUUAACGUUGAAACGGAAAUAAAUAAAGAUGCAGAACAUGUUUCUAAAUAUCUUAAGGAACGAUUUGAAAAAUUACGACUAUCCUCAGAAUUAAAUGCUAAAUUGGCUAAAGAUGCUUCUCCAGAUUUUUCGAAACUGAAGGGUAAAUUGAUCGAAAACAUAAAGGGACUUAUUGAAGAACUUGAAGCAGAUCCAUCAAUUGCACCGAUUAUUGACGGCAUACGUAACCUAUUUGCGAAAAUAUCCAAUAUAGUAAAUGACUUAGGAAAGGCAGUAUCAGAAACUUUUGAAAAGGCUCAUAAAGCAUUUGAUGAUGUCUUUGAUAAAUUGCAAGCUCUUUGGAAGGACUCUCUCCUUAAAGCGUGGGAAGAUUUUAUUUUAACGGCAAACAAACUUAUUGGUGCGCUGUAUAAAGAAAUUGUCAGCGUUUAUACAAAGACAAUUAAAAUUCUUCUUUCUGAGGUGGAAAAGUAUGGAACAGCACUGAAAAACUAUAGCAAAGCUAUUGCUGAAACUCUUAAGCCAAUCAACGAGGCAGUUCAAGAAAUAAUAAAAGUCUUGGUUCAAACGGCUGAGAGUGUAAUCGAUGAAAUUAAACAGUAUGCUGCAAGUCUUCCAUCAUUUGAAAGCAUACGUAAGGAGGUAAAUGAGAAAGUUAAAAAUCUGAAGCUUAUUGAAAAGACCAUUGAGUUUGUGAACAGUCUUUUUGAUCAGUUAAAUAUUUUACCGCAAACUCCAGAGACCACUGAAUUCCUUAAAAAAAUACACGAAUACAUAAACGCAAAACUGAAUCAACAAAAAAUUAAUGAUGAAAAGACACUUGACGACCUUGGUAAGCUCCUAAUCAAGGCCAUACGUUCGAUAUGGGUCUCGAUGAAAAAUUCUCCUUCUAAGUCAUAUGCGCCAACAAUUGAUUUUCAGACGUGUUUUAGUUCCCUGUCACGAUCCUUAGAUUCUUUGGCUCUUCUUCCAACCAUACUUUCAUUCCGCUCAAGUAUCUUAAACUAUAUUUUAAAUGAGAAUUGGGAUGAUGUAUUUAACAAGAAUUUAUUAAACUCAUGGAUUUUCUUUAAUGACUUCGAGCUACGGGGCCAUGUUGUCGAUGGGCAGCAUAUAUUCACUUUUGAUGGUCAAAACUUCGCGUAUCCUGGAAAUUGCAAAUAUAUCCUAGCACAGGACAGUGUGGACAAUAAUUUCACAAUAAUUGGUCAGUUAACAAAUGGAAAACUUAAGAGCAUCACUAUAGUAGAUCGUGAUGGUAACUACGCGGAAGUGGCUGACAAUCUUGCAUUGAAAAUAAAUGGAAAUUUAGUUGAAUACCCACAGCACUUAUCUGGUCUUCACGCAUGGCGCAAAUUUUACACUGUUCACUUACAUUCUGAGUAUGGUGUAAGUGUUGUAUGCACUACAGAUCUAAAGGUUUGUCAUUUUAACAUAAAUGGCUUCUAUACAAGCAAGACACGAGGACUUCUCGGCAAUGGCAACGCUGAGCCAUAUGAUGACUAUUUGCGAAUUGAUGGCACAAUAGCCUCAGAUUCUGCUGCACUAGGCAACGAUUACGGAGUUGGAAAAUGUGCAGCAGUUGCCUUUGGCAAAGAUCAAGUCGAGAGUCCGAAAAGAGAGGAAAUAUGUAGUGAGUUAUUUGGCAUUCAAUCAACACUUGCCAUCAAUUUUAUUACCGUCGACCACAGACCUUAUCGCAAGUCGUGUGAUAUUGCCCUUGCGAAAGUUGCUGAAAAGGAUAAGGAGGCAAUUGCCUGUACAUUCGCUCUAGCUUACGGCUCCGCUGUUAAACAAUUUAGUAAUUUGGUUCUAUUACCACCGCGUUGCAUUAAGUGCGUUGGUGCUGUUGGCCAGCGUGAUUUUGGAGAUGAGUUUACUGUUAAAUUACCAAACAACAAGGCGGAUGUUGUAUUUGUCGUUGAUAUGAAUGUAACCCCCGUAGUCCUGUCUAAUUUAAUAGCACCUGCAAUCAAUGAUAUUCGUGAAUCACUAAAAAGCCGUGGUUUUACGGAUGUUCAAGUAGGAGUUGUUGUAUUUGACGAGUCUAAGCGAUAUCCCGCUCUACUUACCAGUGAUAAUGGUAAAAUCAACUAUAAAGGAAGGGUCACCGAUGUAAAGUUGAAUGGAAUAAAAAACUUCUGUGACAAUUGCGUCGAGCAAAUUUUAACUGAGAAGCGAAUCCUAGAUAUUUAUAAUUUAUUGAAGAAAAUAGUGGAAGACAUUGCGCCCCAAUCUGAUGAAAAGGCGUUCCAAUUGGCAUUAGAUUAUCCAUUCCGUGCUGGUGCGGCUAAGAGCAUUAUCGGUGUGCGAAGCGAUUCUCUUGAAUAUGGAAAUUGGUGGAAAUUUCUUCGUGCGCAAUGGACUGGUUCCAUCACUAAGUUUGAUGGUGCACUUCUUCAUCUAAUCGCGCCAGUAAAGGGCCUUACUUUAGAGGGAGUAUCAGCCGAAAAACUAAUUGGCUUUAACUCUCGAUUGUCAGCUACUAUAGAUGGAAAAGACAGCAAAAAGCGAACCAAACUGCAAUUUGACAAUGACAUGGGCAUUGACUUUGUCCUUAAUAAUGGUGGUUGGGUGUUUGCAACACAAAACUUUGAAAAGCUAAAAGGAUCAGACCAAAAGAAAAUGUUAAACCAGAUUGUAACCUCGGUGGCAGAUACACUUUUUAAAACCGAACUAGUUAGUGAAUGCCGCUGUCUGCCGUUUGAAGGAUUGCAUGGUCAUCAUAAGUGCAUCAUUAAAUCAUCGACGUUUGUACCGAACAAAAAGCCAAAAGCGGCCUAACUGGUUUUAAAAUGAAUCUGUUAUUAUCUUAAAGAAAAAUCUAUUAUAUAAUAUGUAGGUCAACAAAAUGUAUGAAUAAAAGCACAAGAACACAAAUGUUUAUAACAAUAAAAAAAAGAAUACACAA